GAGGCCGACGCCGAGCGUCUUAAAAUAAAAUCGCAUUUUUUUUCGCUUCCUUCGGGGUUCAUCGAUCGUCAUGGCCGCCUCUUCUGCUACUCUUUUCGCAUCCUGUGGAACUCAACUUCAGAUUUCUAGCCUCCAAUAUGAGAAACUCAAAGCGUUUGGUGGUAAUCCGUGUCGAUUGGGAGUGCAUCAAAAUUCAAAGAAGUUGAAUCGCUGUCAAAAAUUGUCUGUCACUGCUAAGUACAGUGAAGAUUCUAGUAGUGGAGGUGGUGACUUUCUUGUUGGUUUCCUUUUGGGAGGAGCAGUAUUCGGCACACUAGCUUAUGUCUUUGCUCCCCAGAUCAGGAGAACAAUACUGAACGAAGAUGAAUAUGGAUUCCGCAAGGCGAAGCGUCCUGUCUACUAUGAUGAAGGUUUAGAGAAGACUCGUCAGACUCUGAAUGCGAAGAUAAGCCAGCUUAAUUCUGCUAUUGACAAUGUUUCUUCGCGAUUAAGAGGAGGGAACAAAGCGGUGCCAGAACCUGUUGAAGCUGAUUUGGAAGUUGAGGCCACUAUGUAGAAUAAUUGCCUCCUACUCCUGCAAGGAAGUUAAUUUGGCAUCCCAUCAAUCUAGUGCUGAAUCCUUUAUUUCCAAAUUUGGUUCUCAGUCAGUUCUGUAUCUGCUUCUCACUCUUUAUCAUUUUCUGGGUUGAGAGUUCUAAUCUGGAUUGGAUUUCUAAACAACUGCAUUUUGUUUCCCUGUGCUGGUUUUCUUUGAUGCUGUGAAAAAAGAUUAUAGCUUUUGAGUCUAUAUAGGUUCAAUUAUUUGUGACU